AUGUCUUUCGACACAAUGUUGUGCUACUCUACCAAGUGUAUACAAAAACAAGCGCACAAAGAAGGAAUAUGGUGCUGCACAUGGGGUGAAAAUCGGAACAGAAAUAAACAGUACAUUAUUACAGGUUCUUUAGAUAAUGGCCUCAUCGCUUGGGAGUGGAUUAAUAGUCAGUUAAAAUGUCUUUAUCAAUUUGAAGGACAUAGAUUGGGUGUUAUUUCGGUUGACAUAAAUUCAACAGGUACACUAGCAGCAUCCAGCAGUCUUGAUAGCCAGAUUUUAUUAUGGGAUCUGGAAACAGGAAAGUUAACAAAAACAUAUGACGGUGAUCCAGCUGAUACCUGGACUGUUGCUUUCUCUCCUGAUUCGCGUUUCCUAGCUACUGGGAGUCAUACAGGCUGUGUAAAUAUGAUUAAUGUACAAACUGCUCAGAAAGAGGGUUCUAUUCAAUUAGAAGGGAAAUUUGUCUACAGCCUUGCUUAUAUCUCUGACGGAUCUAAGCUAGCUGCUGGAACAAUCAAUGGGCUUGUCAGCAUUUGUGAUUUAGAAACAGGGAGUGUUCAAUUUUUGGAUGGACACGCCACACCGGUACGUUCAGUUUCAUUUUCACCAGAUGGACGUCUAUUGGCUUCUGCAUCAGAUGAUAAACAAAUUAAAGUUUUCGAUGUACGCGAUGGUCGACUAGUUAUCCCUAGUUUAAAUGGUCAUAAAGGAUGGGUUGUAUCAGUAGAUUUCGCUUCAGAUAAUCGACAUCUUGUCACAGCAUCCACUGAUUGUUCUGUUCGAAUCUGGGAUUUGGCAUCAAAAGAAGAAAAACAUUGUUUUAAUACACAUGAAGAUCAGGUAUGGUGCGCUCGUUAUAGUCCUCAAGGAAAUAAUAUUAUAUCUGUAGGAGAUGAUAGAUCUAUCAUGAUUUAUCAGUGUGCUUAA